ACAGUUGUGCAGCACAUUCAAUACAAAUAAAUAAAUAAAUAAAAACACAGUUCAUUUGCAAAUAGUUGCAAAAAUCGUUAAAACUACGUAGAAAAUAAACAGAAAUGCUUUUCGUUUGCCAGUGUUCUACUAUAUAACGUGUACCAAAUUCUUUCUAAAGUGUAAACAAACUACUAAUUGAAAGCAUUUUCCAUCCAAAGGUGAAAACUUGUGUUACCGGCGAUUUGAUUACAUCAGCUCAGCUGUUCUGUCCCAGUCUAGCGAUAGCACGUUUCUAGUCCAAUGGCUUCCAAAACGUCCGAUAAAGAAACCGGCAAACCGUCGGACACACGGUCUCCACCCAUCCCGAAUGCGGUAAUUGAUAGAAGCGACCGGGAGGGAAGCGAGAAGCAGUGGGGCUACGAUCUGUAUCCGGAGCGACGGGGCGAAAAGUACAAACCCAGCUGGGGACGGGUAUUGCUCGGUAUCGAGGGCACGGAAAACCUGGACAAGAUAAAAUGCGAACGGAACGUGUACUCCUGUGUGAAGAAAAGUCCCAUGGUAAAGUUGAUGAUGGGAGCGCUGAAGAGUUCCGGGUGUGAAAUCGACAUCCGAAGGCACAUUGCGUGUGAGGUGUGCGACACAUCGGUCAGCGGUGGGUACGAUCCGGUGCUGAAUCAGGUUGUGGUGUGUCAGAACAUUGCCCGAAACGAGGGCAUCGUGCAGGGCGUACUGACGCACGAAAUGAUCCACAUGUUCGACUACUGUAACAACAAUUUGGAUUUUAAAAAUAUCGACCACUUAGCGUGCACGGAAAUUCGGGCAGCCAACCUGACGCACUGCUCGUUCCUGAGCGCGUGUACGCAGGGUGAUGCUUCACCAUUCAAAAUUAAACAGGCACAUGCGGACUGUGUGAAAACCAAAGCCCUUAACUCGGUGCUAGCGGUGCGGAAGGUGAGUCCGGAAGAGGCUAUCGCAGCGGUGGAGCGUGUGUUCCCCAAGUGCUAUAACGAUCUGGAACCGAUCGGUCGUCGGAUACGACGAAACUCGAAGGAUAUGUACAAAGCCUACCUGGAAGGUCCAAUGUACGGGUACGAUGUGGAUUAGCCAGUGCGUUUUUUAUAUGGCAUUUUGUUGCAAUAAAUGGUUGGCGAUAGUAGUAGCGAAA